AUGGGCAAAAUUGAUAAAAGUAAAAAUGAAGAAAAAUUAAAAAAGAUUAUAGCAAAAUAUUUAGGUACAAAAAUAGAGAAAAUCGAACUUUCAACAUUAAUUACCAAUACUGCAGAAACAAGACCAUAUGGGAAACUAUUUGAAUUAUAUGCUAAAAUAGAGAAAGAGUUUGAUAUUCAAGUACCAGUUGAAGAUAUGGAUAAAAUUAAAACAGUAUUAAAUUGUUUAAAUUAUAUAAAUUAUCACCAAGAGAAUUAA